AAAUGAAGCUUUAUAGCACCUUUGCUUGCCUGCAAUGGAUUGUUUUAAUUUUGCUACCAGGAAAAAGUAUAUGCCAGAUAAUAAACAGUGGUUACAGUUUUGACUGCAAACCGAAAGUUGGAUGCCACAUAUCUCAAUGUGACCCAGUACCACACGGGCUCGCCGGAAUCGAUAUCAAUGAUUAUAUGAACCGCAAUGAAUAUCCUCUCGAAUGCCAACAAAAAUCCGGAGUCUCAACCAAAAAUCUUAUGAAAAUCGUGGCUAGACUUGAUCAAGAUCUUAAAAAGACAAAACAAGACAUGAAUCAACAAUAUAACAGAAUAUUAACUUCUCGCGAGGCAAGAAUUGAAAGAUCAGAGAAAAAUGUGAAAUAUGGUAGAAUGCAAGAUAUCAAAGCGGAGAUUAAUAAAAACAAUUUAUACAUGGAAGAAAAAAACCAUGCUCUGGAAAGGAAACUAGAAAGACAAUUAUCUUCAGAAAUUGAAAGUCAGAUCCGAAUUAUGAACAAAACUCAAGAAAAACUCAUCAAACAGCUUGAACAAUCUCAGGAGAAAACCACAACUACGGCAAUUAAUAGUUUACGAACUGAACUCACUGAUGCUAUGAAUAAAAUGGAGACAAGGCUGCUCAGGUUUAUUGAAAAAACUAUAAAUAACUCUCCAUCAACAAAACCAACACGGAGACCUCAACCAACAAUAAGAAGAAAACCAGGUCCGACUAAAAAGCCAUGGAAUAGACGCAGCAGGCCUCUGCCGAAAAAAACAACCAAGGUGGCACCGACGAGGACCACGAAAAUUCCUACAAAACCCAAGAAGCCCAUAAAACCACAAAAGACAACGAAACCUUCUAAACCGAAAAAACCAACUGUAAUCACAGUGACGCAAUCGGGUGGUGCAGAACGACAAACAACGAAAUCUUCUUUCGAAAGAAUUUUUUCAAGACUAUUUGCCAUGGGAAUGACCGAUCCUCAAAUUCCACGGGCACCACCACCAACGAGAUCAAUACAUGUGCAAACUACGGAGACACCAAAGAAACUUAUAAAUACCCCGCCUUGGACUUGGACUGGAGGAAUUAAUUUGCCAUCAAGUGAUAAACACUGCAAAGUGAAACAUGGAACUAAAUGCUACUGGGUUGAAAUUUUUUCCUGGAAAAAUAUUGAUUUUGAUGAAGCAUCAAGAACAUGCGAAGGAGAUGGCGGAACUGUUGCUGAUAUAAACGACAGCGACCUUUUUGAUGACAUUACUAAUCUUGUACGGAGCCAAAUAAUUUCAGUCGAUGAACACAUCGUAGUUUGGUUGGGAAUGAAAGUUGACCCAAAGACCGGAAAAUUAUUUCUCAAAAACGGACAACCUGCAAGUUUCUCGGCGUGGUUUCCGGGCUAUCCUGAUACUGGAAAUAGUUUCUCCCAAGCCAAGAAUCUAUAUCUAUAUGUUCAAAGAAAUAUCAACUCGAGAUACCAAGGAAUGGUAAAUGUUGAAGUGACCGGACAAUACCCAGGAGUUGUUUGCGAACGCUGAUCGUAGAUAAAAUGAAUGCAUCACUCCCUCAGACGUUAUACCUUAAAAAUUGUAGUUUUCUUUGUCAUUGUCAUAUUAAUACGAAAAAGCAAACUUUACAAUGCAAAAAUGGCGAUUUACUGGCAUUAUUAAUCUAAAUAAACAACUGACCUUCACAAGCCAUUACCAUGGCAUACACCCUAUAUAUAACAAGGAAAUAAAAUCAGUCUACUUAUCAAAUAGGAAGAAGACACGUUCAG